AGGCAGGCCUCUUGGCCCUCGCGGUGCCCCGUCGCCGGUUUGUCGCCCGGGCAACAAGCGGGGAAACGGCCGGUUUGGGGAUUAACGGGUUUAGCUGGGCAUGCGGGAGCGCGGGCCAGGGGACUCUUCGGGAACUGCGGGGCGCAGAGAAACAUGGCACUGCCCACGCUGCCCUCCUCCUGGUGCAGCCGGAGGCUCCUGGAUCAGCAGGUAGCACGGCAGCGGCACCGCGAGCAAGAGGCCCGGCUUCGGCAGCAGUGGGAUGAGAACAGCCGCUACUUCAGGAUGUCCAACGUCUGCAGCUCCAAACAGGCAGAAUGGAGCUCCACCCGGUCCUACCAGCGGAGCAUGCACGCCUAUCAGCGUGAGAAGAUGAAGGAGGAGAAGAGGAAGCAACUGGAAGCCCGACGAGAGAGGCUGCAGCAGCUUCUGCUGGAGGAGCAGGACCUGCUGGCCAGAGAACUGGCGGAGCUGAGGCUGAGCAUGAACUUGCGGGAAAAAAAAAUUCGGGAGCAGCACCGGAAUCUCAAGUCAGCCCGGGAGGAGCAACGGAAACUGAUUGCUGAACAGCUUUUGUAUGAACACUGGAAAAAGAAUGACCCCAAACUCCGAGAGAUUGAAUCGGACCUUCACAAGAAGCAUGUGAUAGACUCUUGGGAAACACAGAAAGAAGAAAAAAAGCAGCAAGAAGCCACGGAGAAGGAAGAGAACAAACGGUAUGAAAAUGAGUAUGAGACGGCCCGAAGGGAAGCGCUGGAACGGAUGAAAGCAGAGGAAGAGCGGCGGCAGUUGGAGCAUAAGCUCCAGGCUGAGGUGCUGCUCCAGCAGAUGGAGGAGCUCAAGGUGAAGGAGAUGGAGGCCACCAAACUGAAGAAGGAACAGGAGAAUCUGUUGAAGCAGCGGUGGGAGCUGGAGAGGUUGGAGGAAGAGAGGAAGCAGAUGGCAGCCCUGCGGCAGAAGGCGGAGCUGGGACGAUUUUUAAGACAUCAGUAUAACGUGCAACUCAAUAGACGUGCACAGCAGAUCCAAGAGGAGCUGGAGGCGGACAAGCGCAUCCUGCAGGCACUCCUGGAGAAGGAGGAGGAGAACCAGCGUGCGCACUUGGCCCGGCGGGAGCAGGCCCUGGCCGACGUGGCGUGGAUGAAGCAGGUCCUCGAGGAGCAGCUGCAGCUGGAGAAGGAACGGGAGGCAGAGCUGCAGAUGCUGUUGAGGGAGGAAGCCAAGGAAAUGUGGGAAAAGAGAGAAGCAGAGUGGGCCCGAGAGAGGAGCGCGCGAGACAGGCUGAUGACCGAGGUCCUCACAGGGAGACAGCAACAAAUACAAGAAAAGAUUGAACAAAACCGACAAGCGCAAGAGGAAUCCCUAAGACACAGGGAACAACUUAUUCAAAGCCUUGAGGAGGCAAGAGAGUCAGCUCGGCGUGAGAAAGAGGAGAGUGAAGAACUGAAAUCAGCCAGGAAGCAGGAGCUGGAGGCCCAGGUUGCAGAGCACCAACUGCAGGCAUGGGAAGCAGACCAGCAGGACAAGGAGGAAGCGGAGGAGGCGAGGCGGGCAGAGCAGCUCAGCCAGGCUCUGCUGCAGCAGGAGGCAGAGAUGAUGGCCAAGCAGGGGUUCCGGCCUAAGCCUUACGGACAUCCCAGAAUUGCUUGGAACUGACUUCCUUGGUACCGUAAGCAGAGAACAAGGAUGCUGAGGCUUUUGACAUGCAGCCCCGGACAGCUGGACAGUGUUCUGUUCAAGUGCCGGGUUCACCGUGAAAGAGUACAGCGGGCCUGUUCAGGUCCACGGUUAUAGGGAUGAGGGGUCUGGCCAGACAACACCCAGAAGGAGGCCCUUUCCUGCCUUUAUUAUUCAAGAACAGGGCUUUUAUAGUCACACGUUGACGCUGCUGUGACAGUCUUGUAAUAUGUUUAUAAAUAAUGUAAGCUUCCAAGUCCAUACUAGGAGUUACAGGCUGUGUUCCGUGAUAGGAUUCCUGAUCUCCUGUCGUCUAAUUUUCAACCUCCAGUGAAGCCUCCAGCUGGACAUGGAAGUUUUUUAAUUUUUAAAAUUGCUAUUUACACUAUUCUAUUGAAGACAAACAUGUAGGUGUUGCUGUAAGUUUAGUUCAGGGUUUAUUAAUUUAGGGUCCCAGAAGCAUUGCAUCUUGUUUUCUGAAGAAUAGAGCUAUGAACCCUGAGACAGUCCAAUGUGGUCCAUGGAUGCUUUCCAGAAAGAUGGUGAGAAAUGUCUUUCUUCCUGUAGGGAGAA